AUGCGAUUGUUAUCAAGACCACCUUUCGGCGGCGAGGUUGUCCUGUUCCCUUCCCUUACGCUUGCUGCCGGUGCGCUUCUGAAGCCGCAGUACAAGAUGAACAACAGGGUCCCUCACCACGCCACUGAGCAACAGGCUCAUCAAAAGCAAAAGGUCUCUACUGAGCCUCGUCACCUCGUCCCUACUCCUCUCUCCGUUGAGAAGGAUGUCAUCAUUAUCUGCAAGACUCCUGACGGCCAGGUCAACCGCGAGUAUCGCUUCAAGCGCAUGGUGAUCUGCCGCCACUCAGCUCGCAUCGACGACCUCUGCCUGCGCCGCUCGGGCUCCACUGCCGACAUCAUCUACGUCUAUGUCGAGCACUCUCCCGACUUCUUCGCCCACUACGAGCGCUGGGUCCGCAAGUCUGAGCUUCCCGCCCUCGACGUCACCUUCAUCGACCAGCGCGAUGUCCUCCUGCUUUGGAUCAGUAUGUACGAGCUCGCCCGCGAGAUGGAGGACUGGCGCCUUGUCGCUGCAACCAACACCCACAUUAUCGAUGUUGCCAAGCUAGGCUCAUGGAGCUUCUACAAGCGCAGUGUUGUGGAUUACCUCAAGAAGGCCCCUGAUGGCGAUGAGCUUCGUCAACUUCUGCUUGACUUGCACGUCGCGAGAUUCGAAGGCAGUCUCUUCAAGCGUUACUUUUGGAUGUUGGGCCCCAGACUGUGCUUUGCUGUUGUGCGUCGUAAGAUGAUGGCUGAGCCUCCUACCAUGAAGAGUAUCGAAAAGAUUUGUGCUUAUCAUCAGCAUGAUCGUCUUUACCCCUGGGGAGACUGUGGUGGAAAGGUGGUCUGA